AUGUUUGGCAUCUUCCGUGGUUCAAUGGCUUUACGUUUAAAACUAACAAAAGUAUUAUGCAAAGCAAAAGACAGUUCGUUUGCCAACUUUAAAACUUGCCAUGUCAAAGCCGAAUCCAGAAAUCUACAAUACAUUUCACUUUACAUUAACUGGCAAGUGCCAAUAAAUGAUAUAAAUGUACGUUUUAGAUUUAUGAAACGGGCAAAUGGCUAUAAACCAUUUCUGUACGACUUUACAUUUAGAUGUGACUUUCUGAAACGUUUAAAUGUGGUGAGCGGCCUUGUGUGGCGCUGGAUAAGCGAUGUAUCGAAUCUCAAUCAUUCUUGUCCAUUUACUACCGAUUUCGAAAUAAAACGUUUUGAAAAUCGUUACAUGGAAAAGCAAUUAGAUAUCCUGCCCUUAGUUGACGGUGACUAUGCACUUUUUGUCAACUUUAAGGUACACAAUUCAAGCAAAUUUGAUUUGGAGUUUUAUGCCACCAUUAAUUAG